AUGCACUUCUCAAUAAUAUUUUUCUUAUUUCUGUUUAAAAAUCUAAACAUUGCCUUUUGCAAUGUCACUGUUCAAAUCGCUGUUCUUCUACCCACCGAUCCACAAUUGCCAUUCGCUAUGCAAAAAGUCAAACCGGCAAUCGAUUUAGCAGUCAAAGAGGUUGAUAAACGUCAAUUAUUAAUCAAUGGCAAAUCUCUGAGUGUCCAUUAUGGUGAUACAAAUUCAUCGUAUAUCGUCGGACCUCUGUUAGCGAUUGACUUUUAUGCAAAAAAACAAGCCGCUGUUUUUCUGGGACCUGUUGACGGUCCCGGCUUGGCGGCCGUUUCAAGAUACUCUCCACACUGGCGAAUACCUGUUAUAUCGCCAGGAGGAGGUUUUAAUUAUCAUUUUGACAAUAAACGUGAAUAUCAAUUAUUGACGCGAAUGCUUCAUUCAUCGAAGACAAUUGUUCAUUUCAUUUCUCGCGUCAUUCUACCACAUUUUAAUUGGACUAGUGUGAGAAUCAUUGCUGAAAGAAAUGUCGUCGAAGCACAAAGCGAAUGCUAUAUGUUAAUGGGUGCUUUAUGUCGAACCUUACGUAAUCCAAAUAGUAAAGGCGAAUCCAAAGAUACAUGUUCUCAUUCGAUAUUUGAUGUCGACCGAAAAAAUGAAACGAAGGAAAAACUUCACAAAACAUUGCAUGAAGCAAAGACCGAAGCAAGAAUAUUAUUCAUCUGUAUGGACUCAAAUCUAUUUCGAGAUUUCCUACUUAUGGCUUAUGACUUAAACAUGAUCAAUGGAGAAUAUGUUUUUGUUUACCUCGAUAUUUUUCGAUUGAUGAGGAAAGACAUGAAAUUAAUAUCGUGGUUUAAAAAUGAUUCCAGCGAAGCAGAGAAUAACAAAGCACGUCGUGCAUUUGAAACAGUGCUUAUACUUGCCGUCAAACAGCCUGACACUGAUCGAUAUCAGGAUUUUUCUGAUCAAGUCAACGCGCUACAAGCCAAAACCAAUAACGAAAGUGUGCCAAAAGAAAAAUUUGUCAAUCCAUAUGUCGCAACGUUUUACGAUGCUGUGCUACUUUAUGUGUACGGAUUGAAUCGAACAAUUCAAGCAAAAGAAAAUACGAGCGAUGGAUUCGCAGUUGUCCAACGAAUGUGGAAUGUUAGUUUCGAAGGCUCGAAUGGUAUUGUACAAAUUAGUGAAACCGGUGACCGUGUUAGUGAUUAUUCAUUGUUUGAUCUCAAUCCAAAAAAUGGCCUCUUUGAGGAAGUAGGAACUUAUUUUGGUGUGAAUUCGUCAUUCAUCCUUUCGAAAGAUAUCUAUUGGAUUGAUCAAAAUAAAACAACGCCUAUCGAUGUUCCCUUUUGUGGCUUCGAUGGAAGUAAAUGUAGAGUGUAUAAAAAUCCAGCCUUACCAUGGAUUUACUUUGGUGCAAGUGUACCAGCAGCUGUACUGUUUCUAAUCAUCGUUGGUUAUUGGUAUUUCAAACGUGUUAGUUUCGAAGCUCAACUGAAAGCAAUGAAUUGGAUUAUUGAACCUGAUGAUAUAUUCACAACCGUAGAUUUAGGUUUUAAAUACAAACAAAUCAAACGAGAUCGACACAAACGUGCGUCAAUGCAUCAUAUUGCUCUAAUGGAAGAGGAAAAUCAGUUAGAAAACGGCGGACCGGUGAAAACAGCGCGAUAUAAAGGUUCAAUGGUGACGUUAAAAUUAAUUCCACAUAAGACAAGAAUCGAUGUCAAUCGAUCUUUGUUGAUGCAAGUGAAAGCGAUCAAAGAUAUGCAAAGUGAAUAUCUCCUCCGAUUUAUUGGUGCCUGCCUAGAUCCACCGCUUCUAGCUAAUGAAUAUUGCUCCAAAGGAAGUUUACAGGAUUUACUUGAAAAUUCACAAAUAAAACUCGAUGAUAUGUUUAAAUAUUCCAUUAUACAUGAUAUUGUCAAAGGAAUUUUGUAUAUUCAUAAUAGUGAACUACAAUCACAUGGAAAUUUAAAAAGUACAAACUGUCUUGUCGGUAGUCGUUUUGUUGUUAAAAUCUCCGAUUACGGUAUUCCAUCACUACGAACUCCUCUUCAUCAAAAAUAUCCUCUCUAUAGUGAACAGUACUAUAAAUCAUUACUCUGGUCAGCACCAGAAGUUAUUCGCGAUCCACAUGCUCCUAUCUCAGGUACACAGAAAGGCGAUGUAUAUAGUUUCUCCAUCAUCCUACACGAAAUUAUCUAUCGCCGUGGUCUUUUCGCCAUGAAUGAAACAAAUGUCUCGCCAAAGGAAAUCUUCGAUUCCAUCAAAUCCGGCAACGAAAUCCGGCCGCCGUUUCUCAGUGAUAAUGCUCUCUUCGAAAUAGGCAAUUUAAUGAAACGUUGCUGGCAAGAAAGUCCAGCUGACCGACCUGAUUUUGCAUCCGUUUCAAGUACAAUAAAAAAAUUGAGCAAAAAAUAUGACAAUGAAAAUCUUGUCGACAAUCUCUUACAGCGCAUGGAACAAUACACAAAUAAUCUCGAAGAACUUGUUAAAGAACGUACCAAUGAUUACCUAUUAGAAAAGAAAAAAGCCGAAGAAUUACUCUAUCGUUUAUUGCCACAGUCUGUAACGACAGAAUUAAUGGCUGGCAAGCAAGUUACAGCUGAAUCUUUUGAAUGUGUGACGAUCUAUUUUUCCGAUAUUGUUGGUUUCACAAGAAUAUCAGCAGAAAGUACACCAUUACAAAUUGUGUCUUUACUAAACGAUCUGUACACAUGCUUCGAUUCGAUUAUCGAAGCAUUCGAUGUUUACAAGGUUGAAACGAUCGGUGAUGCUUAUAUGGUUGUUAGCGGUUUGCCAACACGUAAUGGGGAUUUACAUGCACGCGAAAUCUCGCGUAUGGCGUUAACUAUACUCGACGCAGUUAUACACUUUCGUAUUCGGCAUCGACCUGAUGAACAGUUAAAAAUUCGUAUCGGUAUUCAUUCAGGUCCAUGUGUGGCGGGUGUUGUUGGUUUGAAGAUGCCGAGAUAUUGUUUGUUCGGUGACACAGUUAACGUGGCAUCACGAAUGGAAUCCAAUGGUCAACCACUACGAAUUCAUAUAUCUCCUCUUACUAAAGCAUUACUUGAUAAAUUCCAAACAUUCACGUUAAAAGAACGUGGACAAGUUAAUCUCAAAGGUAAAGGCGAAAUGUUGACCUAUUGGUUAUUGGGAGAACGUGAUGGUUUGCAAGUGCCCUUCAGUGGUGACUUAGAACAGAGCAAUGGAAAUUCUCCGACGGUGGAAAAACCAACUACUGAUCACUGA